GCUGACUGUAGGCUACAGCUAACCAGUAUGAUGAAUUUCAGGCGAGCUGCGCCGCCUUGACGGCAUUUAAUCAUUGAGGAAAAGCCAGGAAACGUACUCAUUCUUUACCCUCCUACACUCCCACCCCGCCUUCCCUCCGUCCCUCUGCCUCUGACUCUCAUCUCUCCUGCCGUCUCCGGUGUGCGUCUGCUUGCUGUACAGAGCGGCGGUGUGCAUGUGUCGCGGAGCGGGGGGAGCGCUGCACUGUUCUGCGCACUGGUUCACCGAAUAACGGCGCUCGACAAGCGGGUGGUGGUGGAGGGGGAGAGUGGACCCGGACCAGGAGCAGGACCAGGAGAAGCACCGUGGCUCUUUAUAGCCCGCUCUCCGACAACAUGUCCGAGUUUUUUAUACUCGCCUUUCUAGCCCUAUUCUCGGGAUUAUUUCCGUGCGCCGAGCCCUCGAUAGUGUCGGACGAGGAUAAAGAAGCCAUCUUGUGUGACGUAGGGGAGUUUCACUGUCAUGACGAGGAAACCUGCAUCCCCGAGGCCUGGCUCUGCGAUGGCGAGCCGGACUGCCCCGACGACUCAGAUGAAACUGACAAAACUUGUGCACAGGAGGUGGUGAUCAGAUGUCCCCUUAAUCACAUACAGUGUAUCGGGACAAAAAAAUGUAUUCAUUUCAACAAACUCUGCAAUGGGGCUAGAGACUGUGAAGAUGGCUACGAUGAAGGAGUUCACUGUCGAGAGCUCCUGUCAGCCUGCCACGAGCUCCGAUGCCGCUACGGUUGCGUCAUGACAAGAAACGGCACCUUCUGUUUCUGUGCUGACGGCUUUGAGGUCGGUGAGGACGGGACGAGCUGCAGAGAUCAUGAUGAAUGUGCCAUGUAUGGCGCAUGCAGCCAAACCUGCACGAACACCUAUGGGUCAUACAGAUGCAGCUGCACAGAAGGAUACAUCCUGCAACCUGACAGGAUAUCUUGCAAAGCCAAACAAGAUCCUGGUGACAGCCGUCCAAUGCUUCUCAUUGGUGAUUCAGAUCGUAUUGUCAUCACCCAUCUAAAUGGAACAGGCUUUCAGCCCCUGAGGUCCUUGAGUAUAAAUGGAACACUGGCAUUGGAUUUCCAGCACAACCAGGAAAGUGUAUGCUGGGUUCUGUCUACAGAGUCCUCUGGGCAACUCCGCUGUGCUGAAACGAGGAAUCUGCGUGGAUUCACACGGGAACAGGAAAUAAGAACACAACAAAGUUUGCAACAUGUGGAGCACAUGGCCAUCGACUGGCUGACAGGCAACUUCUAUUUUGUUGACCGCGUGACUGACAAGAUAUUUGUCUGUAACCAUGGUGGGGACACAUGUGUUACUAUCCUACAACUAGACCUGCUGAAUCCUAAAGGAAUAGCUCUGGAUCCUCUCAUGGGAAUGCUCUUCUUCACUGACUAUGGGAACGUGGCCAAGGUGGAGCGCUGCAACAUGGACGGCACCAACAGGACCAGGCUGGUGGAUUAUAAAAUUGAGCAACCCACUGCUGUGGCAUUGGACUUGGUCAAGAAGCUGGUGUACUGGGCAGACGCCUACCUGGAUUACAUAGAUGUGGUGGAUUACCAUGGCAAGAACAGGCACACCAUUAUCCAUGGGAGCCAAGUGUCGUACAUUUAUGCAUUGGCUGUGUUUGAGGACUACCUCUAUGCUACCCACUCUGACCCUUCCAAAGGGAGUUCCUCUGUGGAGCUGCUGCAAAUCCACAGGUUCAACAUCACAGCGGAGAGCAGGACGGUAGCCAGCUUGGGGAAUAUUAGAAGACUGCGUGUUUACCACAAACUCACUCAGCCAAAAGUCAGGAGUCACGCAUGUGAAAUAGUUUCAUAUGGAAAGCCGGGUGGAUGUUCCCAUAUCUGCCUUCUGAGUGGCAGCUACAAAUCCAGAACCUGCCGCUGUCGUACCGGCUACAGCCUGGGCUCUGAUGGACAGUCCUGUAAAAAGCCCAAAAACGAUCUCUUCCUGUUCUACGAAGGGCGUCCUGGGGUCAUCCGAGGCCUAGAUAUGAAUAUCAAGUCCAGCGAUGAGCACAUGGAGCCAAUCGAGGAUCUGGUUAACCCUCGAGCCAUUGACUACUACGCAGAAUUGGGACACAUCUACUUUGCUGACACAACCAGUUUCCUUAUUGGGCGACAAAAAAUAGAUGGAAACGGCAGAGAGACGAUACUCAAAGAUGAGCUUGACAAUGUUGAAGGAAUUUCAGUGGACUGGAUUGGGAAUAACUUGUAUUGGACCAACGAUGGCUACAGGAAGACAAUCAGCGUCGCCAGACUGGAAAGAGCCUCCCAGACCCGGAAGACUCUUUUGGAAGGGAAUAUGUCACACCCUCGGGCCAUUGUGGUCGAUCCUCUUAACAGCUGGAUGUACUGGACAGACUGGGAAGAGGAUGAAGUCAAUGACAGCAUAGGGCGGAUAGAGAAAGCCUGGAUGGAUGGAUCUAACCGCCGCAUUUUUGUCACCUCCAACAUGCUGUGGCCCAAUGGUCUAACACUGGACCACAGCACCAGUACCAUGUAUUGGUGUGAUGCCUACUAUGAUCACAUUGAGAGGAUUCAUCUCAAUGGGACUGGAAGAAUGGUGGUGUACAAUGGGAAAGAGCUGAACCAUCCGUUCGGAAUCUCUCAUUACCGUAAUUUCAUCUUUUGGACCGAGUACAUGAAUGCUUCGGUCUUCCAGCUGGACUUGUCCACCGGUGAUGUCACUCUGCUGCGGAGCGAGAGACCACCACUAUUUGGCUUGCGUGUCUAUGAUGCACAGAGUCAGCAAGGUGACAACGCAUGCAGUGUGAAUUAUGGGGGCUGCGGUACCCUCUGCCUUGCCAUCCCAGGAGGCAGAGUGUGUGCAUGCGCUGACAACCAGGUUCUGGAGAAGAACAAUGUCACUUGUACAGCCUCCAGCAGCGGUUUAGAGCCACAGCGAUGUAAAAGUGAUGAGUUCCAGUGCCAUAAUCAUCGCUGCAUACGUGCCUUGUGGAAGUGUGAUGGAGAUGAUGACUGUCUGGAUGGAAGUGAUGAGGAGAGCCACAGCUGCUAUAAUCACACCUGUCCCAUUGAUCAGUUCAAAUGCAGCAACAAUCGCUGCAUUCCCAAACGAUGGCUUUGCGAUGGAACGAAUGACUGUGGUAACAAUGAGGAUGAGGCCAACACUACAUGCUCAGCCCAGCCCUGUCAGGCCGACCAGUUCUCCUGCCAGAACGGACGAUGUAUACCUCAAGCCUGGAGUUGCGACCGGGAGGAUGACUGCGGGGAUAUGUCUGAUGAAAUAUUAUGCACCUUCCCCACCUGUGAGCCACUCACCCAGUUCAGCUGUUCCAAUGGGCGAUGUGUCAGUGUGCAGUGGCAAUGUGAUUCAGAUGAUGACUGCGGAGAUGGCAGUGAUGAAAUUGGCUGCAUCCGGUCCUGCUCCAACACCCAGUUCCAGUGCACUAGUGGCCGCUGUAUCCCGGACCACUGGGCUUGUGAUGGUGACAACGACUGUGGUGACUACAGUGAUGAGAACACAACCUGCGGAGGUGGAUCAGCACUGCUGCCAUCUGUGAUCGAGUGCAGUGGAGAGGAAUUCCACUGUGUCACAGAUGGGACCUGCAUCCCAGAACGCUGGAGAUGUGACGGAGACAAGGACUGUGAGGAUGGGAGUGACGAGAAAGACUGUGAGGGCACCAAAAGAAUGUGCGACCCAAAGGCCAAAUUUACCUGCAAAGAUACAGGCAAGUGUAUCACAAAGAGCUGGGUGUGUGAUGGGGACAUUGACUGUGAGGACCGCUCAGAUGAAGAGUCCUGUGAGUCGGCUGUCUGUAAGCCACCCAAGUACCCUUGUGCCAACGAUACCUCUGUCUGCCUCACACCCGAUAAGAUCUGCAAUGGCAAGGUGGACUGUGCGGACCGCUCUGAUGAAGGACCCAUCUGUGAUAUGUGUCUUGUAGCCAGAGGGGGCUGCAGUCACCAGUGUACCGUGGCACCGGGGAAAGGGGUUGUGUGUUUUUGUCCCCCCGGGCUUCACCUGGACUCCAGCAACAAGACCUGUGAGGUGGUGGACUACUGCAGCCGUCACCUGAAGUGCAGCCAGGUGUGUGAGCAGUACAAGACCACAGUGAAGUGCUCCUGUUAUCCAGGAUGGAUGUUGGACCCUGACGGAGACAGCUGUCAUAGCAUAGAUCCUUUUGAGGCUUUCAUCAUUUUUUCAAUCCGGCACGAGAUAAGACGAAUAGACCUUCAUAAACGGGACUACAGCCUGCUGGUGCCAGGGCUGAGGAACACCAUUGCACUAGACUUCCACUUUAAUCGCAGCCUCCUUUACUGGACAGAUGUGGUGGAGGAUAAGAUCUACAGGGGAAGGCUCUCUGAGACUGGCGGGGUGACAGGGAUUGAGGUGGUCGUGCAGCACGGUCUGGCCACCCCAGAGGGCCUGGCUGUGGACUGGAUUACAGGGAAACUCUACUGGAUUGACAGCAAUCUGGACCAGAUCGAGGUUGCCAAGCUCAACGGAGAUAUGCGCACUACACUGAUUGCUGGAGGCAUGGAGCAUCCACGGGCCAUCGCUCUCGACCCAGGGCAGGGGAUCCUCUUCUGGACUGACUGGGAUGCUACUUUCCCCCGAAUUGAGGCUGCAUCAAUGAGUGGAGGAGGUCGACACAUUGUGUUCAAAGAUAUGGAAAUCGGUGCCUGGCCUAAUGGACUUACUCUGGAUCAUUUGGAAAAGAGGAUUGUUUGGACAGAUGCACGCUCGGACGCCAUUUUCUCUGCGCUCUAUGAUGGAAGUGGAGUCAUUGAGAUCCUCAGGGGCCACGAAUACCUGUCCCAUCCCUUUGCUGUGUCUCUCUUUGGAGGCAAUGUAUACUGGACGGACUGGAGGACAAACACUUUAGCGAGAGCCAAUAAGUGGACUGGGCAAAAUGUAACAGUCAUCCAGAAGACGAGUGCUCAACCUUUUGACUUACAGAUCUUCCACCCCAGCAGACAGCCACAAGCCUCUAACCCAUGUGAAGAAAAUGAUGGACGUGGUCCCUGCUCACAUCUGUGUCUCAUCAAUUACAACCGCACUGCGUCCUGCACCUGUCCACACCUUAUGAAGCUUUCACCCAACAAACAAUCCUGUUUUGCUUUGAAAAGGUUCCUUCUAUAUGUGCGGCGGUCUGAAAUCCGAGGUGUGGACAUUGACAACCCUUAUAUGAAUGUCAUGACGGCGUUAACGGUACCAGACAUAGAUGAUGUCACAGUGGUGGACUAUGACGCGCAGGAGGAGAGGAUCUACUGGGCUGACAUCAAAACCCAAACCAUCAAAAGGGCCUUCAUCAAUGGCACCCAGCUAGAGACCAUCAUUUCUGCAGACAUAGUGAACUGCCGCGGUCUGGCUUUAGACUGGCUUUCUAGGAACUUAUACUGGCUCAGCUCUGAAAAUGACGAGUCGCAAAUCAAUGUGGCUCGCUUUGAUGGGUCCCUGAAGACCUCCAUCAUCCACGGCAUUGAUAAGCCAAGGUGCCUUGUAGUGCACCCAGCCAAGGGAAAAAUAUAUUGGACAGAUGGCAACACUAUUAACAUGGCCAACAUGGACGGGAGUAACAGCAAGGUCCUCCACCAGAAUCAGAGGGAUCCUGUAGGUCUCUCAAUAGACUACACUGCCAACAAGCUGUACUGGAUAAGCUCGGCCAAUGGCACUAUCAACAGGUGCAAUCUGGAUGGCAGUGGGCUGGAAGUGCUGGAGACUCUAAAGAGGGAGUUAGUCAAAGGCACAGCUCUGGCCGUGAUGGGUGGCAAAAUCUGGUGGGCAGAUGAGGAAUCGGCACAGCUAGGAACAGUUACCAAGAGAGACGGUCGGAACCUUGUGAUCCUGAGAAACAAGACAAGUGGGGUGGUUCAUAUGAAGGUGUAUGACAGGGAGGGUCAGAAAGGAAGAAACCCAUGCCAGAUAAACAACGGAGGAUGCUCACAGCUCUGCUUCCCCACUUCCGAGAACACCCGGAGCUGCUCCUGCACUGUUGGCUACAACUUGCGUAGCGACCGCAUUUCUUGUGAAGGUGUUGACUCAUUUCUGAUGUAUUCCGUCCAUGAGGGAAUCCGUGGAAUUGCUCUUGACCCAAAUGACAACAGUGAGGCCCUCAUGCCCAUCACAGGAACACUGUUUGCUGUGGGAGUUGACUUUCAUGCAGGAAAUGACACAGUGUACUGGACAGACAUGGGCCUGAACAGAAUAUCCCGCGCCAAACGUGAUCAGACCUGGAGGGAGGACAUCAUUACUACCGGCAUCAGUCGAGUGGAAGGCAUUGCUGUCGACUGGAUUGCUGGAAACCUGUAUUGGACAGACCAUGGUUUUAGUCUAAUAGAAAUUUCCCGUCUGAAUGGUGCAUACCGCUCAGUAGUCAUAUCUGAUGGACUUGAUCAGCCAAGAGCCAUUGCUGUACAUCCACAGAAAGGGUAUCUCUUCUGGACUGAAUGGGGCCAAAACCCCUGUAUUGGCCGCUCCCGUCUGGAUGGUUCGGACCAGGUUACCUUGGUCAACUCAGGCAUCAUGUGGCCCAAUGGAAUUUCCAUAGACUACGAGGAAAAUACAUUAUACUGGUGUGACGCCCGCACAGAUAAGAUCGAGAGGAUAAACCUUGAGACAGGUGAGAGCCGGGAGAUUGUACUGUCAGUGGCCAACGUAGACCUGUUCUCAGUGGCUGUGUUUGGGCCUUACAUCUACUGGUCUGACAGGGCUCACUCAAACGGUUCAAUCCGACGUGGCUUCAAGACUGACACCAGUGAAGCCGUAACCAUGAGGAGUGGUCUUGGGGUCAAUUUGAAGGAUGUGACAGUCUUUAAUAGAGGCAGAGAAAAAGGCACAAACCCCUGUGCCAGGAGUAAUGGAGGAUGCCAGCAGCUGUGCUUCCACCUCGGUAGUGGUCGCCGGACUUGCUCCUGUGCCCAUGGCCGUUUGGCAGAGGAUGGCUUUGCCUGUGAGCGCUAUGAAGGUUAUCUACUCUACUCUGAGAGGACCAUACUGAAAAGCAUCCACCUUUCAGAUGAAAAUGACCUCAACUCACCUGUUCAGCCUUUUGAAAAUCCUGCUUUUUUCAAGAAUGUCAUAGCCCUGGCCUUUGACUACAGCCAGAAGACAACUGGGACAAACCGCAUUUUUUUCAGUGACGUCCAUUUUGGAAACAUCCAGAUGAUUAACGAUGACUGGACAGAAAGAUCUAUUAUUGCAGAAAAUGUGGGUUCAGUGGAGGGCCUGGCCUACCAUCAGUCCUGGGAUACCUUAUACUGGACCAGCUCCACUACCUCCACUAUCACCAGACAAUCUCUGGACCAGAAACAAGUUGGUGCUUUUGACCGGCAGGCUGUGGUCACUCUCUCCGAGGAAGACCAUCCACAUGUCCUGUCCCUGGAUGAGUGUCAGAACCUGAUGUUUUGGACCAACUGGAAUGAGCAGAGACCCAGCAUCAUGAGAUCCACCUUAGCGGGCAAGAACAUGAGGAUUAUCAUCAGUUCUGACAUCCUGACACCCAACGGACUGACCAUUGACCACAAAGCAGAGAAGCUCUACUUUUCAGAUGGGAGCCUGGGCAAAAUUGAGAGAUGUGACUAUGAUGGCUCUAGCAGAUAUGUCAUAGUUAAAUCUGGACCCGGCAACUUCUAUGGGCUCGCCAUCUAUGCAGAUUUCAUCUACUGGUCAGACUGGGCCCGCAGGUCUGUGCUGCGAUCCAACAAGUACACGGGUGGUGACACCAAGGUACUUCGAGCAGAUAUACCCCAUCAACCAAUGGGAAUUAUAGCUGUGGCCAGGGAUACAAACAACUGUGAGCUGUCCCCAUGCCGACACAUGAACGGAGGCUGCGGCGACCUUUGUCUCCUGACCCCUUCUGGGAGGGUCAAUUGCACUUGCCGUGGGGAACGUGUGCUGUUAGAUGACAACAGAUGUGUGUCAGAAAAUUCCUCCUGCAACAUUCACACUGAAUUUGAGUGUGGGAAUGGCGAGUGCAUUGACUACCAGCUAACUUGCGACGGAAUAGCCCACUGCAAAGAUAAAUCAGAUGAGAAGAUGCAAUACUGUGUCAACAGGAGUUGUCGGAAAGGUUUUAGGCCCUGCUACAACCAACGGUGUGUGGCCAAUAGUCAUUUCUGUGACGGGAUCGAUGACUGUGGGGAUAACUCUGAUGAAGCUUUCUGUAACAAUGUCACGUGUGGCUCAUCAGAAUCAUCGUGCAAGGAUGGGAGCUGUGUACCCAGCUCAGCCUGGUGUAACCAGGUCAUUGACUGUGCUGAUGCCUCUGAUGAAAAAAGCUGCAACCACACCGACUGCUCUCACUUUUACAAGCUGGGGGUGAAUGAAAAAGAUUUCAUCAGCUGCAACUCCACCUCGCUGUGCAUCCACCCCUCAUGGAUCUGUGAUGGAGCAAACGACUGUGGAGACUAUGCUGAUGAGGCCAACUGCCAAGUUUCCCAUGGGCAGAAGUGCGAGGAAGGCCAUUUUGCUUGUCCAAGUGGGAACUGCAUCUCCAGCGUGUGGCUGUGUGAUGGCCAAAAAGACUGCGAGGAUGGUGCAGAUGAAUUCCAGUGUGACUCGUCAUGCUUGUGGAACCAGUUCGCCUGCUCAAAGAACAAGUGCAUCGCAAAACAAUGGCUGUGUGAUGGGGAAAACGACUGUGAGGAUGGUCUUGACGAGAGUGUGCAGAUCUGCGGCUUAGUGACGUGUGCUCCAGGGCUGUUCAGCUGCCCUGGGUCGUAUGCCUGCGUUCCGAAACGCUGGCUCUGUGAUGGUGAAAGGGACUGCCCUGAUGGGAGUGAUGAACUUUCUGCAGCUGGAUGUGCACCCAACAACACAUGUGAUGACAGCUCGUUUCGCUGCAGCAACAAAGCAUGCAUCCCCCAGCGAUUUGUCUGUGACCAUGAUGACGACUGUGGAGACGGGUCUGAUGAGUCAGUGGAAUGUGUCUAUCGCUCCUGUAGAUCAGAAGAAUUUCGCUGCGGGGACGGACGCUGUCUUCUCAGUUCUCAGUGGGAGUGUGAUGGCUAUGCAGACUGUCCCGACCACUCUGACGAACUGCCCCUGAACCUCAAAUGUCUGGCCGCAGGAAGCUUGUGCAAUGGCUCCUUCUUUAUGUGCUCCAAUGGACGCUGCAUCUCUGAGAGGAAUCUCUGUGAUGGUAGAGAUGAUUGUGGAGACCAGUCGGAUGAGAGGAACUGUAAUGUGAACGAAUGCUUGAACCGCCGAGUCAGUGGGUGCACACAGGAUUGCCAAGAUCUUCCUGUGGGAUACAAGUGUAAAUGCUGGCCUGGUUUCCACCUGAAGGAUGAUGGAAAGACUUGCGUAGAUGUGGAUGAAUGCUCCACUACCCUUCCUUGUAGCCAGCGCUGCAUCAACACUUAUGGCUCCUACAAGUGCCUAUGCGUGGAUGGCUAUGAAGCCUUGGAGCGCAACCCUAACACAUGCAAAGCUCUGUCAGCUGAAGAGCCUUUUCUCAUUAUGGCGGACCACCAUGAGAUCCGGAAGCUGAGUGUGGAUGGCUCAAAUUACACCAUCUUGAAACAGGGCCUCAACAACAUUAUCCACAUAGACUUUGACUACAAGAAGGAAUUUAUCUACUGGGUGGACUCAACCAGGCCAAGUGGUCGAAAGAUUAACAGAAUGCGCCUCAAUGGGAGUGACCUUAAGAUAGUCCACAAAACAGCAGUGCCCAGCGCCUUAGCAGUGGAUUGGAUAGGUAAAAAUCUGUACUGGUGUGAUGCAGAAAGGAAAACACUGGAAGUGUCCAAAGCCAAUGGCCUCUACCCUACCAUCCUGAUCAGUUCUGGCCUCAAGAACCCCAGAGAUCUAGCUCUGGACCCCCAGACAGGGUACGUGUUCUGGGUAGACUGCUGUGAACCUCCUAACAUUGGGCGUAUUGGCAUGGAUGGCCGAGGGCAAAGGGUUAUCAUUGACACAGAGAUCUAUAGCCCCACUGCUCUCACUAUCGAUUAUACCAACAAGAGGAUCUACUGGGCAGACGACAACCACAUCCUGCUUGCCAACAUGGAUGGCACCCAAAGACGCAAAGUGUCCUAUGAUCACAUCCAAGGGGUUAUGGCCCUGACUUUGUUUGAGGACUUUGUCUAUUGGACGGAUGGGAAGUCCAAAUCACUACGGCGUGCUCAUAAGACAACCGGCGCUCAAGGAAUGGAGCUCCUCAACUCCUGGCAAGCCAUCAAAUCCAUCAAGGUCUACCACUCCCUGCGCCAGCCUGAAGUACCCAAACACCAGUGUCAGAUCGCAAACGGAGGAUGCAGCCACCUGUGUCUUCUAUCUCCCGGUGGGGAACACAGAUGUGCCUGUCCCACAAAUUUUUACCUGGCUGCCGACAAUAAGACCUGCCUCUCCAAUUGUACCUCCAGUCAGUUUCGCUGCGGGACAGAUGAGUGUAUCCCUUUCUGGUGGAAGUGUGACACGGUGGAUGACUGUGGGGAUGGAUCAGACGAACCUGCUGACUGCCCGGAAUUUAAAUGUCAGCCUGGGCGUUUUCAGUGUGGGACUGGCCUUUGUGCGCUUCCUCCUUUCAUCUGUGAUGGAGAGAACGACUGUGGUGACAACUCAGAUGAAGCUAACUGUGAGACAUACAUCUGUCUGUCAGGCCAGUUCAAGUGCACCAGGAAACAGAAAUGCAUCCCUCUUAACCUGCGCUGCAACGGUCAGGACGACUGUGGUGAUGGAGAGGAUGAGACAGACUGCCCUGAAAGCACCUGCUCCCCAGACCAGUUCCAGUGCAAGGCCUCCAUGCACUGCAUCUCCAAACUCUGGGUUUGUGAUGAGGACCCUGACUGUGCAGACGGGUCAGAUGAGGCUAAUUGCGAUGAAAAGACCUGCGGACCUCAUGAAUUCCGCUGUGAGAAUAACAACUGCAUCCCAGACCACUGGAGGUGUGACAGCCAGAAUGACUGUGGAGACAACUCAGACGAGGAGAACUGCAAGCCAGUCACCUGUAACCACAAGGACUUUGGCUGUGCUAAUGGAGACUGCAUCUCCUCCAGAUUCCGAUGUGACGGAGACUAUGACUGCCUGGAUAAUUCAGAUGAGAAAGGCUGUGAGGAACGCUGUGCAGAUGAUCAGUUUCGGUGUCACAACAACCUCUGCAUCUCGCUGAAGUGGCUGUGUGAUGGCCAAGAAGACUGCAAGAUGGGGGAAGAUGAGAGAAACUGCCAGGGAACAGUCCCUUCAUGUUCCGUAAAUGAGUAUGUGUGUGCCAGCGGAGGAUGUGUGUCAGCCAGCCUGCGGUGUGAUGGACAUGACAACUGUCUGGAUGGCUCAGAUGAGAUUGGCUGUGUGAAGGAGUGCAGAGAAGAUGAAUUCCUUUGUCUGAAUCGUGCUCACUGUAUCCCGCGGCGGUGGCGCUGCGAUGAUGUGUUGGACUGCAUGGAUCACAGUGACGAGGAAAACUGCAGCCAGGGUGCUUUCUUCUGCCGGGCUGAUGAAUUCAUUUGCAACAACACGUUAUGCAAACUCCACACGUGGGUGUGUGACGGCAAGGACGAUUGUGGAGAUAACUCUGAUGAAGACAUAGACAUGUGUGCAAAACUUCCCUGUCCUCCUACACGGCCAUUCCGUUGCAGAAAUGAUCACGUGUGUCUACGCACAGACCAAAUCUGCAACAAAGUAGAUGACUGUGGUGACAACUCGGAUGAAGAAGAGUGUGCAGAGGUGGUGGCCGGAAGACCUCGGCCUUGUGGGAAGACAGAGUUCACCUGCAGUAACCAGCGCUGCAUCCCAAUUCAGCUACAGUGCGACCUUUUCAGUGACUGUGGCGAUGGCGGCUCGGACGAGCAAGACUGCAAGGCCUUUUCCAGCGGAGAUGUAUGUGGAAAGAAAACAAAUCCAUGUGGAGAGGAUGCAAUUUGCAACCAGACAAAUGUUAAUGCUGUUUGUCAGUGCAAAGCUGGCUUUAAGAGGAACCAAAAGACAGGCCAAUGUGAAGAGCUAAAUGAAUGUCUGCAGUUUGACACAUGUCCUCAUUACUGCACAAACACUAAAGGAUCUUUUAAGUGCACAUGUGACCGAAAUUACAAGGAAAUCAAUGGCAACUGCAUAGCAAAAGGACCAGAAGAUCGAGUGCUCUACAUAGCUAAUGAUACUGAAAUCCGAAGUUUUGUGUAUCCAUUUAACCAGAGCCAUGGACACAAACUUCUCACUCACAUUGAGGACAAUGCCCGCAUUAUCGGGAUGGAUGCUCUGUUUCACCACCAAAAGUUUAUCUGGGCUACCCAAUUUAACCCUGGUGGAAUUUUUUACAAAGACACUCUAGAAAGAAGUCAAACUAAAUCAAAUGUCAGAAACAUUUGUUCAGACUUCCGUCGACCCAGAGACAUUUCUGCUGACUGGAUCACAGGCAACAUUUAUUGGACUGAUCAUUCUAGGAUGCACUGGUUCAGUUAUUACACAGCCCACUGGACUAAAUUACGAUAUUCCAUAAAUGUGGGGCAACUUAAGGGACCAAAUUGCACCCGCUUGAUUACUGACAUAGCAGGAGAGCCAUACGCCAUUGCUGUCAACCCAGCAAGAGGAAUGAUGUACUGGAGUGUAAUAGGUGAUCACUCUCAUAUUGAGGAAUCAGCCAUGGAUGGCUCCUUACGCAGAGUGCUGUUGGAAAAACACCUUAGGAGACCCACCGGGCUGGCCAUUGAUUAUUUCAACCAACGAUUAUACUGGGCAGAUCCUGAGCUCUCACAGAUAGGGAGCAUGAGAUUGGAUGGCUCGGACCCCCUAGUGACAAUCAGUGACAGACACGGAAUUUCCCAACCAUACAGAAUUGACAUAUUUGAAGACUACAUCUAUGGAACUGGAUUAAAACAUGAGGUCUUCAAGAUUCACAAGUACGGCAAACAGUCGGUGGAAUUUCUCAAUUUGGGGAUGGAGAAGCCCACUAAUGUUUUGAUUUCCCACCGUUACAAACAACAAGAUGCGUCAAAUCCAUGCCUGAGAAUGUCUUGUGAUUUCAUGUGUCUACUCAACCCAACGGGUGCUAGAUGUAGCUGUCCAGAGGGGAAGGUACUGGUCAAUGGGACCUGUAGUGAUGUCCUCAUCUCAGGUGAACUGUGCCACCCCCCCUGCGAGAAUGGAGGCCGCUGCUUAGCCAAUGAGAAAGGACACUGGAGGUGCUACUGCUGGCCUGACUUUUCAGGGGAGCGCUGUGAGGUCAACCACUGCACAGACUACUGCCUAAAUGGAGGCACUUGUAUGGGCUCACCCCUGGGUAAGCCUACAUGCCGCUGCCCUGUUGGUUUCUCAGGGCCUUUCUGUGAGAGGAGGAUUUGUGACAACUACUGUUUGAAUGGGGGAACAUGUGACGUCACUCAGGGGAACCAGCCAGUGUGUCGCUGUAUGGCAGAAUAUACUGGGGACCGUUGUCUUUACCACAUCUGUCAUCACUACUGUGUGAACUCCAAGGCCUGCACGCUAUCCAGUAGUGGAUACGUGGAGUGUGUAUGUCCUGCCAGGUUUGAGGGAAACAAGUGCGAGGUGGACAAGUGUCUUCGAUGCCAUGGAGCUCCAUGCCUCAUUAACGAGGAGACAGGAGAUGUGGUUUGCAAUUGCACAAAUGGCAGAAUAGCACCGAGCUGUCAGCUGUGUGACGGAUAUUGCUACAAUGGAGGCACCUGUCACCUGGACCCCGACACCAACCUGCCUUUCUGUCACUGCACGUCAGGGUUCAAGAACCAACGUUGUGAUGAGCUGGCCAACCCCUGCGAUUACUUCUGUCAGAAUGAGGGGAUGUGCACAUUAACAGCUCUUAACAAACCACGCUGCAAAUGUUCAGCCAAUUGGGCAGGAACACAGUGUGAGAGACCCGCCCCUAAAAGCAGCAGAUCAGACAACACCAGCGGAGGGAGCAUAGCUAUCAUUGUGCCUCUGGUCCUGCUGGUAAUCUUGAUUGUGAUGGUGGUAGCAGGUGUUUACAUCUGCAGACGAAAGCAAAGGGGAAAACGUGUCCAGAGGCAGCCCAUGACAAACGGAGGGAUAAACGUGGAGAUUGGGAACCCGUCGUACAACAUGUAUGAAGUGGACCAUGACAACCACGCUGAUGCAGGCAGCCUGCUGCGACCCAACUUCACGCUAGACCCUCACAAGGGCUGGUGUGUACAAUCCAGUGACCCUCGCACCUUGGGCAUCAAUUCUGUGCCCAAGGAGGUAAUCCCUGGACAGCCCAUGAAUUACUCCAACCCAGUGUAUGCAAAGAUAUAUAUCGACGGGCAAAACUGCCGGAAGCCUGUUAUCAGUAUUGACGAGAGGAGAGAGCUACUCCCAAAGAAACUAGAGGGGACAAUUCAUGAAACCGCCGCAUAGCCUAACUUUACACUUUGUACUUCUUUUUUUACCACAGUGUACAAUGUAUAAUAUGAAGGAGGAAACAAGAUUUUUUCUAUUUCCUAUGAGGCUCUUAGGUUUUACUGGUUUAGCAUCAGCAUAAUGUCUUUGUUGGUGUGCUGAAGAGUUUUAUUUUCCAUUUACUGUUUGCUUUCUAAUGUUUGUCAAACAUAAGUUAUACAGCGCUACACUGUAUACUGUGUGACACUGAAGUAAAGCUGCUGAUUUGCAAAAACUUUAUUAACACCAUAAGCCACACUUGUGCACAGUUUAAACCUUAAAAAAUGCAGUGCUAAAAUUUGUACCCAUACUUGUUUCUAGUUUAAGUGGAAUAUGGACAGUGUGUCAUUUUGUGAAGGUAAUGAAGGUAGGUUGGCUCAAUUUUUCUGAACAAAUGUAAGUAUCCUAGGAAAGAGUAGAGUGGGUUGUUUAUAAGGCUUUUUUUUUUGUCAUAUGACUACGGACCAUAAAGCUUUGCAACUGAGCAGUGAAGCUUGAUAUUUUUGGGGUUUUGUCUUUUUUUUCUCCUUGGUACCUAACGGAUCUACUGACUGGAUUUCCAGUGAAGGCCAUAAUAUCAACAUGAUCUUUUCUCACGCAGUAUGUAAUUCCAUAGGUCUUCUGUCUUUUCCAUUUCCACGGAUGUCAUGCUCUACCCACCUUGUUUCGACAGUAAUAUACCACAUGAACUUAUCUUUUGGUGAAAGAGAUUGAAGCCCACCUUGAAUGUUGUCCGAUCAGAUUCCCAGAUCCUGUACUGUACACUGAAAAGACAGAUACUGAAUACCAUAUUUUUCUAGGUCUCAUAUGUCAACAGAUGGAUUAAAGAUAAAGACAAGGAAGAUAUUUACCACAGCUACAAAAAGGUUAUUAAGAGAUAUUAUAAGACACAUCUGUUACUUCAGAAAGGAAGAUGAUAAAUAUAAGAAAUUUUAUAAUUUUGUAUUUGAUUUGUAUGUUGUUUGGCUGCUUGUAUUUUGAAGAAAUGUAUUAAAUGUAAGUAAUUUUUAUAUAAAAUGUAAAUCGAUAUUGAAUAAAGGGGGCUUAUUUCCA